AUGUCAACAUUACUUAAAUCAUGUUGCGCUGGCGUUUCUCAAAAAUGGAUAUUCACCAUUUUAGCCACAAUUGGCGUCUGUAUUGGAAAUAUAUUACGUGUGAUUAUUUCCAUCACUUUAGUUGAAAUGGCUACACCAAUAAGUGAACAUGUAAAACAAGAAGAUGAUACUUGCGUUGUUCUUAAUCAUUCAUAUACUCAAAAUAUAACACAUACUAUUCAUAGUAGUGAUGAAAGUAUUCAUCAGCAUCGUUAUGAUUGGGACGAAUAUACUCAGGGAAUAAUCUUGUCAGCGUUCUUCUGGGGCUACGCUCUUACCCAAUGGUUUUAUGGUGCAUUAGUUGAACGUUUCGGAGGCAAAUAUCUCUUAGGAACGAGCGUUUUCGUACCGGCUGUGAUAACUUUUUUGACUCCUGCACUGAUUGCUUGGGGCGGCGCUAAUGCUCUCAUAGUAUCGCGUGUUUUGAUUGGAGUAGCUAAUGGAUCCAAGUUUCCAGCUGCAAGUACUAUGAUAUCUAAAUGGACAACUCCAGCUGAAAGAACUCAAAUAGCAAAUGCAAUUUACGCUGGGCCUCUACUUGGUUUAUUUAUCGGCACUAUAAUUCCUGGACUGAUAAUGAAAUAUUCAGGAAUGGGCUGGCCUGCAGUAUACUACUUAUUUGGAGGAAUUGGAAUAAUUUGGUUUCCAGCUUGGGUCUUGCUUGCUUACAACAGCCCGGCAGAUCAUCCUUUCAUAACAAAAGAGGAACUGGAUUCUUUGCAACCCAGAAAUGAAAUUCAGAGAAAACUACCUCCCGCUCCGUGGAGACAUAUGUUGAUGUGCAAAGGAUUCUGGACAUUUACAAUAAGUCUUAUUGGUAAUAGCUGGGCUUAUUAUGCUAUGAUUGCUGAUUUACCAAAAUAUAUGAGUAGUGUAGUCAAAUUGCCUAUAGACAGUAAUGGUUUCUUCUCAGCAUUACCGUAUCUGUUCACUUGGUUCAUUAGUAUGCUCAGUAGCUGGGUCAAUGAUAAAAUCUUAAAAAAAAAGUGGAUGUCUGUGACGAAUGUGAGAAAACUACUGGCUACAAUAAGUCUCACAGGUCCAGCUGUAUUUAUUAUGUUGGCUUCAUUUGCUGAAUGCGAUACCACUAUGGUAAUUUCAAUGUUUUUAAUUGGAAUUACAUUAAUGGGAUGUCUGUACCCAAGCGUCAUGAUGAGCCCAUUGGAUUUGAGCCCAAAUUACGCUGGAUCUGUGAUGGCUAUUGGCAACAGCAUAUCCUCGAUCGUAGGCAUAAUUACACCAUAUACGAUUGGUGUAUUGACACCGAAUCAGACUAUUGGAGAAUGGAGAUUGGUAUUUUGGAUCGUUUUCUUCUUUUCGGUGUCGUCAAAUGUCAUUUACCUACUAUGGUUUAGUGCAGAAGUUAAGGACUGGGAUGAUUCAAAUUUUAUUAGGAACAAAACUAACACAAAAAAAAACAUUAAUGGUGCGGAAAUGAAAGUUGUACCCUAA